UGGAUAAUUAAUUGAACAUGAUCCUAACAAAAUUUUAUACAAGAUUAAGAUCCGUUAUUUUUUUUACUCUUAUCUACCUGCGAUGUACGUAUAAUUCGCGAAUGAAUAUGAAGAGGCACCUAUGAUAAAAAAUUUGAAUUCGCUUUAAAUCCACCAAAACCUGAAGCUGAUCUCGAAAACGGCCUAUUUUUAAUGGAAUCUAUCGAUAAUAAAUCCAAGGAUUACAAGAUAGACGAUGUAGUCAAUAAAAAAUUUCCAUACAUUAUUAAUACGUAUCCCAACAUACCCAACUCUAACGAGUACUACAUCGAUUACACGUCGUAUGACACAAACAGAGAUGAGGACAAUAAAACGAACCCUUACAAAUUUUCUAAAUGUCAUCAAUUAGCAGACCCGUUAAUAUCGACCUGUGUUAAUUUGGGUGUUUUUCCCCACACUACUUCGUUGCCUCAAAAGUUAUGUAAUUCUAGCAUGCCCCUUUUUAAAAACAUCGAAGUUCAGUCAAAAUCGAAUCAACAGCUUUCCGAGCAUAUCUCUCUUAAGGACAGCAACGCGAGCUUAUUACAGCCUAAUAAUCGAUUUAAUGAUAAUAAUUAUAACGAUAGAAUUACUAGGAAGAAUAUUGUUUACGAAAACGAGGAUAACAUAAAACUCAAUAAAAACGUACUAUGGCCCACGGGAAAUAAUUGGGGUUUUAAUGAAAUCGAUAAAUAUAUUGAAAAUAAUAAAGAGAUCAUAAGUGUGUAUUCGACGAACCAGGCUGAUAAUGAAUCCUCCCCAAAUCACAACAUUAGAAUCUCACCGAAAACCACCGCCAUAUGCAAAAUAAAAUCCUGCAGCAAUAUCACGGAGAACCAUUCAUUCGACAGGGACGCGAAUAGAGAUAACUCCCUAAUUUUAACCACUACAUCUGCUCACGCAAAAAACAUUUCUCCUACUCAUUAUUGCCAUCAUCAAAGUAGUCAUUCUGUUCCCGCGUUCGCUGGCGAGAAGCAAGAUCCGUAUUUCGCAUACGGAGAUAACCACGGAUUCUUUAAAACGAUCCCAAACAACGCGCAAAGCCCGUCUCGUUUAUAUCCCACCUAUGACAAUGAAAAGACACCCACGAAUAUUUUAAUCGAUAAAAACAUGAAACGUUUCAAUUACGAUGAGGGUUCUUCUUACUACGCUAAUAGACUUUUAGCGGAUAAUAUAAAAUUUUUCGAUAAAAUAUUAUACAAAGACAAAUUUUAUUCUAAUUUAAUUCCCGAUAUACACAACUCUCCGGUAAAGUACAAAAAAUAUAUAUGCACAAAUUCACCCAUAUCAAGAAACAAAGAUGACACCUUAACCGAUACAGAGGUUCUGUUAAAAGGAUCUUCCGAUCAAACUAAUGACUUUCUCAAUGUAUACACCUACCCAAACACUACACAAAAUUUCCUUUCGACCCAUGCCGUUUUGACCCAAUCAUCGUCUUGUCGAUCCAAUUCACCUGCUAAAAUGUCGACGAACGAGGAUAAAAAAUCUACCGGUUGCGUCUCAUUCUCAUCGGUCGGCUCCUCAUUCAGCCCCAAAUUAUCUUUCAUGAGGAAUAAGCUAUCACGUCUUUCCCUCAAAGACCGUAAUGCAUUAAACACCUCCGCGAUUCUUAAAAGUGAUACAUGCCAGGAGCACAAGUUCAAAUACCGAAACGUCAAAAAAAAUUCAUGUACCAUAUUGAUAAACGAUGUCCCUUUAAAUGCAAGUUAUAAAAAUGAUCGGAAUAAAGAUUUUUCGUCAAACAACGCAUGCCCUAUUACCUCUUCCCCGUCCUCGGAUUCGAUUUUAUUCGUAUCGUCCCCCUCAUCAUCUUCCUCGUCCGUGUCAACACACCAACGCAAAUUUUCGAACCAUAAAUUUAGCACGCUUAUUCCAUAUUCCAAAUUUUUGUUUCCGUUUCGCUCAAGCGCCAAGCGUAAAAAUGGAAUACAAACUGAUAAAUCCAUCAACGAAUCUAUGGAGAGAGACGCGAUAAAUAAAAAUGACGCUUACGAUACCAACAGGCGUAGGUCUUGUUCUGCUGAAAACAUAAAUUUUCAAGUUGACCAUGAUUCAAAUAAAUCGCCGAUAAUUUUACCAGAAUCCUUAACUAAUCUUUGCCCAUCUUCUGGACCUUUAUUAUCGGAGUCUUAUCAUUCAGGCGAAAAUCUCGAUUUUCCAGCAGUUAAACGACGAAUCAAUAAAGAUUCAAAAACUAAUACCAUAGAUUCCGAUGCUCAACCGGUUUCCAAGUAUACUUCAUUGACUUCGGGCAGCAACAACUCGGAUAGCAAUGUAUCUUUAUCUCGAAACCUAUUAAACAGUCAUAAAAAAUUAUCGAUGUGUACACAGAAAUCAUACGAUAUACUAUCGAGUAAAAAUAUUCAUAAACCCAUUUCCCAUUCUUCAUCUUGCGAAAGGUCCCUCAAUUUCAAAAAGAAAAACUCUAUUCUUAAAAUUGGCCACUUCGAUAAAAGUUAUUUCGAACACCUUGAUGCCCAAAGCGUGGUGGCAAUAUACAUUUUAUACAUCAAAUCUCUUCGAUUUUUGGCCAACAACAAAGAUGGCAAAAACUUUGCGGGAUCCUCCACCAAUCGAUUAACUUCCCUGCAAAAUAAUUUCAUGAAAGGCAACGUGCGUCCAUUUCGCACCAAGGACAAGACAGAAUCAGCGGGCGACCCAUCCUGCAAUUCCAAUAAUAAUUGCCUUAACUAUAGGAAGUGGUGCUCAACUUCCAACAAUCAUCAAGAUAUGUUUACUCGUAAAACUGUAUUCACGGGAGCCUCAGCCGCUCUAGCUGCCACUACCUUCUUACUCAAACACCAAAGCCCCUGCAAUGACCGCACCAGUGAUAACCUUAUAAACACCGACGAUCGAAAUUCUAUGUCAAACGAAUCGAGCCAAGAUUCGCUCGAUUAUAAGGCGAGGAAUAAAAUAUUUUUCACAGAUAGGAAACUGUCUGGGACUUUAGAUAUCGGGGACGGAAGAGGAAAUGAGCUCGUCGAAAAUUGCGCCUAUUUUCGCAAUGAAAUUGGUGGCGAAUCCUUUGAAUGCCUAGACUUGGUCAGUUUCCGGUACCUCAGUAAAAAAUACCUUUCUCAAUCGAAGGAUAGAACUCUCACCCGCGAUAAAACUGAGUCAGAUAAUUGUGGCGAUUCGAGGGUAUAUCAAAAUUAUUGUGGUAGUGGCAAUCGACAUCAUCGCGUAGAGAAUUUUUGUCAUUAUUAUGAUACCAUCUCAUCCCAUUCUUCACUGUCCUCAUCUUCCAUUUCAUCCCGAUUCUCUGCAUCUCAAAUUAAAGCGACGCCCCGCACAUCAAUACUUUUAUCUCCUUUGACUAGGCAACCAAUUUGCAAUGGUAUUUCCGUGUUAGAUUUUAGGAAGCACGCCCCGCAAUUAUGCGACAAAAUCGUGAUAGAUAUUGUAUCCACCGGAAUGGGUAAUAAUCAAAUUAUGGGAAACAUGACAGCUCUCAAUAUCAAAAACAAAAGCAUGAUGGGCUUUAACGAAAUACAUAGUAAAUCCGGUUACAUAAUUGAAAAUUGGGACUCUGGCGCUUAUUUUUACCGUAUCUAUUUUUUAGGAAGAGAACAUUCCAAUUAUUUCGGAAUUGAUGAAAAUUUCGGCCCAAUCGCAGUUAGUUUAGUUCGAAAUAGUGUACCUGCCCAAGCUAUUAACCCAGACUCUAAUCACAUUAAUUCCGAAAUGUUUAAUUACUAUAUCAUCAUGAGAACAAAUCAAUUGUGCUCAAUCAAAGGAAGCGUUGCCGAAGAAAUUAUACCAACAAACAAUAAACAAUGUAUCGUUUCGCAUAAAGAUGUAAUUGAGUAUGUUUGCCCCUUUAUCAAUAUCAAUUGUCUCAAAUUAUGGGAUUAUGUUAUUAAUUCAGCUAAAAUCGAAGAAAAGCUCAUAAGGUUCGAUGAACAAUUGAUUAAAAGAAAUUAUAAAAUUGGAGUACUCUAUUGCAAAUCUGGUCAAACAACUGAAGAGGAAAUGUAUAAUAAUGAAACAACUAGCUCUUACUUUGAACAAUUCUUAAAACUCUUAGGGGAUAAGGUACUACUCAAGGGGUUUGAUAAAUACAAGGGUGAAUUGGAUACCAAAACUGAAUCAACGGGUCUUUAUUCGCUAUAUACGUCGAUCCCUCCCGACGUGCAAGUUAUGUUUCAUGUAUCAACUUUGCUCCCAUUCACUCCCAAUAAUCGACAACAGUUACCCCGCAAGAGGCAUAUUGGCAAUGACGUCGUUACUAUAGUAUUCCAAGACCCGCCAGCUGACUACACCUUACCUUCCAAUUCUCAAUCACAUUCCUCUACUUCAAACUCAAGGUUAACUACAUCUACCCAAGUUGCACUUUCUUCUACUCCUUUCUCCCCCAAACGCAUACGUUCUCACUUUCAACACGUUUUCUUGGUAGUGAAGCCGAUACUCUCAUUUAGUAAUGAUCGCCCCAUUGGUUACUGUGGUGAAACAUUUCCCAGUUACAAAAUGGCAGUAUCGAGGUCAAAGGAUGUAGAACCAUUUGGGCCACUUUUACCUGAUGAUGGAAUAUUUGACGAUCCUACGGAUUUUCGAAACUUUUUACUCGCUAAAUGUAUAAACGCGGAUAAUUCAGCUCAAAAAUCGGAGAAAUUUGCUACCAUGGCAACUCGAGCUAGGCUUGAAUGUUUGAAAGAUUUGUCAUUAAACCAUUCAUCCAAUGUUUGUAUCAGCGACGUUGCCCAAAAAGAGCUGUUUACCAACAAUGAGGAAAUUGGCCCCACUUCAGCUAAUUUUAACAACAUAUUUUACAAACUCUCACUUAUGGGUUCCGCUGUUAUAAAGAAGCGUGAUAUCAAAUUUAUGAUUAAUAAUAACAAAUUCCCUCAACAGUUGAAACCUUAUCUUGUUUCAUCUGGAGCUCUUUACUGGCCUCUAAAGGGGGUUAAGAAUUAUUGCCUAAAGAAGAAUAACAAUGUCAAAAAAGUUAGCGAAAUUACGGCAGAUCGAAACAAUGAAAAUUAUCAUUUCGUGAAUAAAAGUAAUAAUAGGGUUAAUAGCGAAGGGGAUAAUAGGGUCCAAAAGCAGGGAUCGGUAACCCAUUUGAUGGCUCUAUCCAAUGACGUGUGCUGCCUGUUAGAGGUUCACAUUGAUGCAUUUAAUCAAAAUAAUCGUAUAACUUGCAAUGUUUUUGAGAAUUAUGAAGAUAACACUGACUCCAAUAGUUUACUAAAUAUCGAGCAUCCUAGGAUAGUAUUUGCAAUACCAACGUGUAGCAUAAUUGGUUGGAAAAUUCUUCUCGAAGAUUGUAGCCUCACAAUAUACUUUAACGAAGGCAACUCUGUUGUUGUUUAUUAUGACGAAAAAGUUAUAAAUAUUGGUCAUAUAUCUCAAAGAUUAAAACAGAUAUCCCUUGGAAAACAAGUCUCUUUUUUUGAGAUACAAAAGGAUAACAAGGAAUCUCAAUUAGGUUUUUAUAUCGAGAAAGGCGGCUACAUUACGGAUAUAGAAAUGGGCGGUCUAGCAUGGAAUAUGGGGCUGCGUAAAGGGUUCAGAAUUGUUGAAAUUUGUGACAAGUUCGUAGUUACAAUGAAAUUAAACAGAAUACUAAACUUGCUUAAAAAGAUGAAGAUAAUAAAAAUAGUAGCUAUACCUCCUUUAGCAGAUGGUACCGCGAUAAAGUCAUGCCAAAAUUUAACGUGUAAUUUAUCCCCUUUGCAUUCCAGAUGUAUAAGGUUAAAUUUUGAAGAUGCAGGUUAUAUGAUGGACAAUCUAAGUCAAAACUCAAUAACAAUUCAAAAUCAAAACAUUCCAGAUGCAUAUGAAAAUCUAGCAAUUGAUCCAGUUACCCUCAAAUUUGAUAAAUUCCUUUCCGGUUAUUUGAAACAAAUUUAUAUCGCAGUUCGUUCCGGUUUGGAAAUUCAUAUCGCAGAUACUCCAUUAUCAACAGCCUUUAAACCAAUAAAACAUUCACCUUUGCAAAAAUGCAUCUCUAGUAUUUGCCCACACCCAUCAUUUGCUGUACCUAACCUUAAUAAUUUAGGUCAUAGAAAUUCUAUGGACUCUUGCAUCAUUAGUUCCGAAUACAGCUCUUUAAAUUGCAAUAAUAACAACAAUAAAAAGCUUACACCGAUAGGAAGUGAAAAAAUGGUCAAAAUGACCAAUAACCAACGAUACAAUACCUUCCCCGACAAAUCAUUAAUCUCUUUGAGGGAUUUUACCAAUGGAUCUGGAUUGUUAAAUUUGGAAGGACACCUUCGGAAAUUGAUUGAUUUUGAUGAGACCCCCACUUUGGAUAAAUCAGCUUGUUUAUUACAAAAGCCAUUCUUAUCAAAAAAACCAUUACCCGAUUCAACUGUAACUUCUCAAUAUAAUCACAAAAUUGACGUCACAAACUCAGUUCUAAAGAAUGUCAGUUGGGAGGAGCAAGAUUGGAAUUCUUUGGUUGAAACUACGACUAAUGCUAUUAAAAUGUGCGAAGAUAAUCCCAAGUCAAGUAAAGGCACAAACUUUGAUCGCGCAAAUGAAAUAUACGACGAUAUAAAUUUUAGUAAUUUAUUGUGUGAUGAAAAAAUUAAUAUAAUACAAAAUUUGAAAAACAAAUGCCAAAAAUUAGAAAUCAAAUCCGAAAAAGAAUCUCAAUUUAUUAAAGCACUUAUCAAUGAAAACGAAAAAUUAAAACGAAAAUUGCUUGAUCGAUUGGAAGAAAAAUGAACAUUUUUGUCGCCCACAAUGCAUCAAAGAGUUGCAGAAAUUGGCAACCAAAAAUAAUAUUAUAUUUAAAUCAAAAUCUUCCUUUUAAAAAUCUUAUUCCAGCAUUUAUAAAUAGCUGACAUAAAUAAUUAAGUUUAAUUAAUUAUAAAAUAUUAUUAAAUACGCUAUUGUUAUAUUUUAGUUCUCAGGAUUAUUAAAUUUAUGUUCUCAAUAACAAUAAGAUUAAGAUUUUUAUAUGAUAAAUUUCAUUACAAGUUGUAUAAUAUGAGUUCUGACAUGAAUAUUUAAAUUUUUUUUCAAAAGUAUCUUUAUUGGUUAUGUAUGAGUAUGAUUUUACUGUUUAAAACAUUUUUUUAAAUAAAAUAUUAGGCUUCGAUUUUUAAUUACAACAUAAACAUUUAUAAACAUCAUGCUAAUUUUUAAGGUCGUUUUUUUACAACACUACAAUGAAUAUGUUGUUAAUAUAUAUUUUUUAAAUUUUUAUUUAUUUAACUAAUUUUUUGUAAACUUAUAUUAAAAUAUAUUUUAAUAAUUAUAUUUUUUUAUAUACCACACCACAUGUAUAAAUAAAUUUAAUAAUUAUGAUUGA